GUUGAAAGUGAGCAAUCAUGAUUCAUGAAUCAUCACUUCCAGUCGCCUUGUUAUUCACUGUCUUGUUAGCUGACAACUGUUCAUGAAAGUUGGUUAGCUGCAUGUCCGGGAAAAUAAGUCAGAUAUAUCCAUCAUUAUAACUUUUUUUUAAUUGAAAGUUCACACUGAUUGCCAGAGGCUACAGUAUUGAAUUGAAUUCAGUUUUGUGAAAGAUGGCUGAUGCAGAUGCAGAUUUCGGGUUCGCAUCUGACAACGGUGUCCUGCCUCUCGAGGAAGACCCAGCAGCAGCUUUCUUAGCCCAGCAAGAGAGCGAAAUUGCGGUGAUAGAAAAUGACGACGAAGGAUUUGGUGCUAUGGAGGGAUCCGUUGGGCAGCCAUUUGAACAACCGCUGGCGUCUGAUUCACCUGCCUCAGCAUAUGACGACAGGUUUGCAGGGGAGCGGCCAGCAGCCACAAUGAACGGGGAUAUGUUUCAGCAGGACUCCAACGGUCAGUUUGACAGCUAUGCGGCCAUAGCCCAGGUGGACUCGCUCAGGGCGGAGCCUGAGAGUUUGCGAAAGUGGAGGGAGGAACAGAAAGCUCGGCUGGAGGAACUGGACUCUGCAUCCAAGGCUGCUGAGGCUCAGUGGAGAGAGAAGGCUAAGAAAGAACUAGAGGACUGGCAUGUGCACCAGCAUGAACAGAUGGAGAAGAACAAGGCCAACAACAGGAUUGCUGAUAAGGCUUUCUACAAACAACCCAACUCUGAAGUGAUAGGCUUUGUAGCAUCUGAAGAGGCCUUCCUGUCUGAGGCGGACGUUGACGGCCCAGGAGCGGAGUGGGAGAGAGUGGCCCGGCUCUGUGACUUUAACCCCAAGACCAACAAGACCGCGAAGGAUGUGUCCCGGAUGCGCUCUGUCCUCAUAGCCCUCAAACAGACGCCUCUCGUCCGCUAGAAGGCAUUUUGACAGGGAGGGGUUUUUCCUGGUUUUAGUUUUGCGUUAUUAAUCCUUGUUUGCAAGUUCUACCAUACCCUUAUCGUUAAUCUCUGGGGUCGUGGUUGGGGUCAGUUCCAUUUCAAAUCUUGUCAAUUUUGGAAAUACAAAAUGUCUUCAAUUAAGAUUUAGCCUCCAGUGUUGUGUCCUUCAGACUGGUUUCCGGAAGAUAAAAAUAAAUAAAAAAUUUAGCAUGAUGACACAGCAACCUUAAAAUUAAUGUACAAAGUAACAUUUGAUUUUUCCAUCUCAUUUUCAUAUUUACUGUUUGUUUUGUCACUAACUGAAGUGUUAAAGCAAAUAUGCCCUCAGGUCUUAGUCUGAUCUUGCUACCUGCAUGAUGGCCAAUUGCUCUCAAAUAUAGUGUGAGCAGGCAACAUGGAGAUUAAAGAUAGAUUAUUUUUUGUAAAACAUUACAGCCACCAGAAAAAGACCCAUGGUAAUUAUUAUAAAAGGCGCAACACCUUCAAGUUCUUAAUAACUUGUUUCAUCUUUUGUUUUCCUGAGCCAUACUGUUAGAGCCUCAGAACACAGGCUUAAGAAUGUAGGUCAUCACGUGACCUACAUUCUAUGUACUGAAGCAAAAAUACAUUUAAAAAAUAACAACCGUGUCAUGUGAUCAUUGCAAUGAUAAUGUUAACCCUAAUGUCCACAUUACCUCCAUGUCCUAUUUCCAUCACACUUCAUUUUUUUAGGGCAUGAAUAAGGAAAGCGUUAGAGGAACAUUUUGAAUUGGAGUGCCGUUUCGUUUCCAAAGUGACAGGAAUUGGAAUGGAUCCCAAACCUGCUUUAUGCUCAGACACUCCUUUUUUCUGUUGUUUCUAAACACUUGAAGGUAUGUUUUUCCAGUCCCCCCACCAUAUUUCUUUAUAGUGUUACUGAAUCCUGUUGAUAGAAAAUACCUCUUUACCAUAGGAUGUUAUGAAGGACUGACUGCAGCUUUGUUUGAACUAGUCUCAGAAAAUGUUCCAUUUGACCAUUACUCCAAUACUGAAGUUACUAAUUUAUUGUUACUGUAUAUUAAAAAAAACUAUUCAAAGCUGUCAUAGGUCAAACCUUAUCUCUUAAGCAUGUGGUUUGUGCCAGUAUUUCGCACGUGGAAUGUUUUGAGUUUUAUAAACAUAAGGUAAAUCCCCACUAAUUUUAAUUGAACCUGUAAGGUCUAACAUGUAACUGGUCCUGUCCAAGCUCUACUAGGAAUCUAUUGUAAUGACUAUGCCUGUUGAAUUGUUUAUUCAUUGACCCAUUUGAUUCAUUGUUGUAUGUUAUUAGUAAUUGAUCAUUUAAAGGUAGUUAAGUAAACAUUUGUGCUGAAAUUUGAAAUGCUAUAAGCUUGUGGCCUUGUUUAGUUUAUAGGAUUAUGAUAGAUUACUUAAAUCUGCCCCUAAAGUGUCUUCGAAACCAAAGGACGACUAUCUAUAAUUACUGAGGUAGAUCCUCUGCAAGCCUGAAACAAAAAUCAUAUAAUUUUUUUUUUCCAAUGGUUUCCAACGCCAGUCCUCCAGUAACCCCAACUGCACACUUGUUUUAGCACCAGCCGAGCACAGCGGAUUCAACUUGUCAAGAAAUGAUCCGGCCCACACUGACUUUAAUUGUGUGUGCUUGUCCAGGGCUACAACAAAAAUGGGUGUUGGGGUACUCUAGGACCAGAGUUGGGAACCAUUGCUUUCAUUUUUAAAAAAUGUAAUACAAAUGUAUUCCAUUUCCCCUGGAUCUGUAAUCACACGUUGCCUAUUCAGAUAUCAGAAAUCCUCCCAUGAGAGAAUGUUACACGGGAAGUGGAAAACUCUUUGUACAUUAAUAAAAAGCUAUUUGGA